AUGCUUGCAUUCCCCAACUCGGAGCUCACGGCCCAGUUUCCUUUCAAGGGAUUAUACCAAACCCAAGUCACAUUCCAGGGAUUCGAACGAGCACCGGGCCGUGAGCAAGAUACUCGGGCGCGUCGGCGUCUGAGCCUCCUGAGCGGCCUCGAGCUUCGACGGAGACUCGACGACGAGGACUACGAUCUCAGUGAAGGACUUCGAGGCAGGUGUCUAGCUGUGCACACAGCAAUGGGCGCGAGGACAGGAGUUGCUGUGUUGUGCUGUGUUCUGGCUCUCUCGGUGGCAGAACAACAGGAACAAAAACAGCCUUCCGAUCAGCUAGGUGCCGCUACAGUGACGUCAUCAGGGAGUGACCUGACGGGUGCGGCCUCUCAAGGGCACGGAGGGCAUGGCGGGGAGAAAUUCUUUAUGUACGCUCACCAGCCCGAUAAGAAGCAGUACGAGUUCGGCUUCAAGAGAGGAAAUGACUAUCACACUAUAGAACGAUAUGAGAAGGGGGGACCUCACCACAACUUCAAGGCAAAGGUCCGUUGGGAAGAUAGCAAAGGGGGCUACGGCGAGCACUACUGGGACUACAACCACGCCCCGAAGCACCAUGACGACCAUCACGACGACCACCAUGGCGGAGGCGGCGGUCACCAUGACGACCACCAUGGCGGAGGCGGCGGUUACCAUGACGACCACCAUGGCGGAGGCGGCGGCUACCAUGGCGACCACCAUGGCGGAGGCGGCGGUCACCAUGACGACCACCAUGGCGGAGGCGGCGGUUACCAUGACGACCAUCAUGGUGAUGGCGGGUACCACGACAGCCACAAUGACCACGGCGGGUACCACAGUCAGCCCGUCCCCGACUUCGCCCCCGCGCUCGCCUCCUCGUCCUCCCCGAAGGUCGUGGGCGAGAGAGAAGGCCGCGCUUACACGCCGAGCGCCCAACACCGACGACGGCCCAAGGCCACUUCUGCGGGGAACAAAGUCGGGGUGGAAAAGGUCUCGGGGCUGGAGGAGAAAGAGCCCAGGAAGGAGGUAGCGCCCAGGAAGAACAAGAACGGCAGGAAGAAGUACGGUUUCAUUAACGAAAGGAGGAGCUUCGAGUACUCCAGGACCUUCGACAGGGACGGCGAAGAGCCGGAGAAGAAGGGGGCGCAGGAGGCAGUCGAAUCCCUUUCGGCUCGUGCCUCGGGCUUCGACCAAACCCCUGACCUCUCGAACACAAAAUUAUAUCCUCGGUCGUCUGCUUCCUCCUCUACUCCUUCUUCGUACUCUUCUCCCCCUCUGAGCUCAGACAGCAAGAAAGUGUCUGAGAGUAAGAAGUUUUCCGCGAGGUUACCUUCUAGCUCACCUCAAAGGGCGUUCAAUAACCGCCGUUUCAAGCGACCAAGACACAGGUCCUCCUCCAUCUCCACCACCACCUCUUUCCCUCUUCCUCUUCCCUCUCCUCCUCCUCAGAGGAAGAAGCCUGAGGAAUCUACGACCUCCCCCUCUCCGUCCUCGCCCGCACCUUCUCCGUCUCCUUCCAUCUCCCCUUCCGGUUUGGCUUUCGAUAUGGAGACAGGCCGAGUAUACGACGAGCAGGCCGGUGUGUGGUACUCGCUCGUCCCCGUCACUGAGCCCUGAGGAGCCACUGGAGCGAAAAAGAGGUACCUCCUUCCAGUGCUCAGUUCUUACUCAAAGUACGAGUAAGUGCAUCUAAAGUCCUUCCCUAUUAGCUCUCUCUCUCUCUCUCUCUCUCUCUCUCUCUCUCUCUCUCUCUCUCUCUCUCUCUCUCUCUCUCUCUCUCUCUCUCUCUCUCUCUCUCUCUCUCUCUCUCUCUCUCUCUCUCUCUCUCUGUCGCUGACCCAUGGUACGCUGUUGUUGACCCAUGAUACUUUUCUCUUCGUUAUAAUCUCUAACUACGUUAUUCGCUUUCAUCUUUUCCGUAAUUUCAUUCCUAGUUCUUGGUUGUUGCAUAUUUUAUAUAUUCUUUCUUAAAUAUUCUCUCUUGACUGUUAUUACAUUUUAAUCUUUCUCCUCUUUUGCUCUUUUUCCUUUGUUUAUGUUAACAUCCGCUUAUGAUAAGGAAACCAUACUAGUCAUACUGUUACUAGUUUUUGUAGACGAUAGGUAACCGUGUUCUUUACACAAGACACUUUUCAUCCUACUCUCUGGUUGGCAUUUUUUCUCUAUACCUUUUAUAGCAAAACCUUUUUUGUUGAUACUGUUGCACUUCUUUGGAAAUAAAAUGUUUGCAAACUUGA